ACGACAAAGUUGUUGUCUAAUAUAAUGGGAUUUUCUGUUGUACAAAUAUAGUGUGAAAACCUUGUUUAUUUUGGCAUUCGGGGAUAUUUGGAAGAAAACAUCGAUUAAUCGGCUGUAUGAAAGUGUCUGUGGAGUGGAUUUGAGUGGAAGGGUCUCCGUGGAAGCAGACGGCUACACGAGUAGUUUGGAGUUUCAGACGACGACGGAAACUCGCAUGGAGUAGGACUCGCUACCUAGCCAUGGCAGAGCUCCCUUUCUGUGGAUCCUGACAAAUAAUGAACUGUGGAAGUCUCAUCAUUCCUGUGUUUGUGUCUAGCUAGACUUGACAAUAGUUACAACAAACGCGAACCACUGACCGUCGCAUCCGGAGGCUCGGGAUGGUGUAGCCCUACAUGUUAUGCAUAACGUCUUUCAGUCGACACGUGUGAAGGGACUGCACCAAAGUACUCAGAGUGACCCAUCUUGCUACCCUGCAAUUACGACCAAGUGACAACACAUGUGCUGGGACCUUGCUGUGUAGACCACUCCGAUAAUUGGACGGAGGCCGCUCUUAUCGUGUCAUAAUUUGUUAAGCAAUUCGGGUGGGCUCGGAUUGUGCUUGUGUCUCGAGUCGAGGGGAGCUACAAGUGGAGUGUAGGAGGUAUCGUGCAUCGUGCCAGGCACCCUGACUUCUACUGGAGGUGUAGGGGCCUCUUAUGGCCGUUAACGUAUUCAAAAGCCGUUGUUAUAUCCAACUAGACGCUAACCGCUAACCUACGGCACUGGAAGAGUAACUGUGAAAGUGUACAGUGAUACCACACCAUGGAGAUGGAACCCCAAGCUUGGUUGAGUGUGUUUGUCUGCCUGGCUUCGUUAGCCUCGGCGUCGGAAUACGACUACAACUACUACAGAGAUGAAUACAACAACGAUGGCUACAUCAUUCACGGGGACUACCCGCGAGACUGGACACCAAAGUGGAUCGGGGUCACCCCAAAGUGCAUUGAUAUUCCCACAAAUCUAACCCUUUGCCAAGACAUAGGCUACAAACGUAUGAGAUUGCCAAACCUCUUGGACCACGAUACCCUCAACGAAGUGACCCAACAAUCUAGGUCCUGGGUACCUCUUCUUGGUAUUCAUUGCCACCCGGAUGUUAAGCUGUUCCUGUGUUCGCUGUUUUCCCCCGUGUGCCUGGAAAGAACAAUUUGGCCCUGUAGGUCAUUGUGUGAAAGUGUCAAAAACGCAUGCCUGGUAAGAAUGAAGUACUAUAAGUUCGACUGGCCGGAAAUGCUACGAUGCGACAAGUUUCCUGUUGAUAAUGACCUCUGCAUCAAGCAACAAAACUACAACAAACCCUGCAUUGGUACUCAAUGUAAAAACGAUGGGAGUUCUUCAGGUGGUUUCAUAGCUGAUAAUAACUGUACGGCCUGCAAACACCCAAUGACAUUCGAAGCCAUCGUCGACAACAACUGUCGGUCCCAAUUUGUUAUUCGGACAGGUGUCGCCGAACUUCAGAAGAGGGAUGCCGACGCAAUCGUGGUUCUGAAGAAAAAGAAAAAGUUUUACAAGAAAGAAGAACCCCUAUCAAAGAAGGAUAAGAAGAAUAUGGCCUUCGUGAUCGAAGGGGGAGCAAGCUGUCAGUGCGACCUUCUCAAUGACACCAGAAGCAAAUUUCUGAUAAUGGGAAACAGGAAGGAUAAUAAAUUUGUCAUGUCAUUCGUCGUCCCAUGGGAGAAGAAAAAUAAGGAUUUCAAGAAGGCGCUUAAGAAGAUAAAGAAGGGGCACGAGUGUAAGGACCUUUUCAACAGCGAGGUCAUCGGCUUGACAACAAUGCCCUCAACUGAUCAUGCCCAGGGUGGCAGACAGAAAUCGAAAGGCAAAAAGAAGGGAGGUAAGCGUAAGAAGGGAAAGAAAGGAAGGAAGGGAAAGAGAAAAGGAAAGAAGGACAAGAAAAAGGGGAAAAAAUCAAAAGGUAAGAAGCGGAGACCAAAGAAGGAUCGCAAGAGGAAAUCGGGCUCAGCAACCACACCAUCCCCCUAGGAGCCAGAUUGAGGACAUAUGGCAGGGACUUUCAUUUCAAAUACUCCAUGAGAUGUACCAUAUUUACAUUCUCGCAUCCUGCGAAGGGCAUCUGACAAUGCAUGCUGUUUUCAGCAGACUGUGUUUCCAGGACAACUCUUACUGACAAAAGGUUCGUCGUCAUCUGCCGGUCUCCAUAGUUAGGCGUAUGUAUUGGUAGAUACAAUCGGGCGUCUGUUUCCACUUGGACUUCGUCUCGUGCUAAACUCAUUGGAUACAAUCCUUGUUGUAUUACUUUCAAUAGAGCUAGACACAUUUGUACGCAUGCGCCAAGCGCAAUAGUCAUGAAGUUUGGGUCUCGGUUUCUCGCUAAUUUGGGGCAGAUUUCGGAUAAGACAGAAUUGUCCACCUCCGCGUGUUAAACGCAGUUGUCCGGCUGACAGCAUCAGCAGAACUAUUUAAAACUACGAUUAUCAAAAUACCGAAGACAUUGGAUGAUAUGUAACGUAUGUUAAUUCUACAUAUACGUAUUCUAAUCCACCAAUCGGAGACUCCCACGUGUUUUGUGUAUUUCUGUAGACUAUUUGGUUGGUGUCACCCUGCAUACAAACAUACCGCGUUAUAAGACGGGUGCCAUUAUCAAGCGUGUAUUUACCUAUUUCCUCGUAUCCUAUGUUUAUAAAUAUAUUCGUUCACGACAUUGAUCAAGUAAACCAAAGAUGCUAUGUUGUGCUUGUAGGAUAGGGAGCUGUUGAAUGCCCCGAUCUGGUAUUGGCUCUAUCUAGUGUUCCUCGUUAUUGAGAACGUAUACCAAGACGUUGUACAUAUGUUGCAGUAAAGGCUGGUUGCAUGCAUGUAUUGUACAAAGCUGAUGUAGUCCAUGUUUAUCACAGGAACGUGUACUGUGGAUUCAGAACGGUCAUUAUAUAUGAUGUUCUUUCCCCAUGGUGACCAUUUUAUAAAACCGGAUGUACAUAACAAAUAUCGAUGACAGUGCUAGCAAGGGGUACUCUGGCUGUGUAAACCAGACCCAAAGAUGCACAAUUCUUGGAAAUUCAUCGGAAUAGACGUUUUCCUGAUGAACAGUUGUGUGCAAAUGUUAUUGUAAUGACGUGGUGAAAUUGGAUUCUGAUAGCGAGACCUGUCUGGACAUGCUCACGUGUGAUCCAGCGAGUUAGUUUCAGUAUGUACUUGUUAUGUGUUAUGCUACUCUAAAUUUGUUGAUAUCGCUUUUGUAAAAAACUGGACUCUUUGACUGUCUGUCCUUAGCUAUUUUAUUGUCACAUCAAAUGAUCUUUUGGAAUCCAUUAACCCAUGUGAAAUAACUGGUCAAAGAUUAACAUAUAAAACUCUCAACCCUUA